AUGCGCGUGGAUGAUAAGCGGCUGAUUGCCGCACUCCUCGCGGCUCAUAAUGGCAUCAAGCUUGACUACAACGCGAUCGCCAAAAUGUAUGGCGAGGGUGCGAACUACAACACGAUGGAGCAUAAGUUCCGUGUUUAUCGCAAGGACGCCGAGGUCCUCCAUGCUGAGGCCAGUGAUCGACUGGGUACGGAUGCAGCCCCCUCAGCUGAGAACAGCCCUGAGAAACCUUCCGGCGCUCAAAUCACUACCCAGAAAAAUAUCAAAGGCGCCAAGGCAGCUAAAUCUCCUCGCGCAAAAGCAGCCAAGGGAUCAGCCAAGAAGAAGGCCCCAGGCAACCCCCAGGACAGCGACGAGGAGGCCCAGCCCCAGCGCAAGAAGGCCAGAGUCAGUUCGAAGAAGAACCAGAAAUUGAUGGACGUGGAGAAAUUUGACACAGAUGCCAAUUCUGACGCUGAAGCUACGCUGGAUGCUUUGAUGAAGACUUCUGGUGUCUAUUCCGAGCUCGGAUUGGACAUGGAGGAUCUUUAA